AUGGCUGCUGAGUUGGAGAAAAUUAACGAGGAAGGUGUAGUGACAUUAGCUGCUCUGGAAAAUCAAGAUGAGCAACUUGAUAAGUUAGAGUGCAACCUUCACCAGAUCAAUGAUGACAUAUCGGCAGUGAAAAAAGACAUUAAAAAAAUGGAGCGGUGUUGCUGUUUCCAUUUCCUCUGUCUACCUAUAACAAGAUUUCGGAAAAACAAGGACAGAGAGGUUAGGGAAAGGACUGCCGCAUCGUCUAUCAUUUUCAAGCAUAGAGCGUCUCUAGUGAAACGAAGAAGUGGUGCUUUUAUCCCAAGGUUGACCGAAGAUGCUAUAGAACAUGAAAUUGAGGACAAUCUUCGCCAGGUGGAUGAAACUCUGAACUCGAUUAAGCAUUUGGCCGUUGAUAUCAACGUACAACUGAGCAUCCAGGAACCAAAACUCGACAGAAUUCAGGAAUUGAUUGAAAACAGCGACUUAGCCAUGGGAGGAGCUAACGCCAAAGUUAAGAAGUUGCUUUCGGAGUGA